AUGGCCAUCUACGAUUAUGAACGAGAUCCGGGGUGGCAAUUCCUGCGAAGAUCACGAGAGCAAAUGCUCAAGGACCAAUCCACACCGUACGAUUCAAAGAAAAACGUCUGGGUCCCAGAUCCUGAGGACGGUUUCGUGGCCGCCGAGAUCACCUCCAGCACCCCGAACGACGUGACCGUCAUCACCGCCAAGGGCAACCAGGUGAUCGCCUACUUUGCCGCCGUCGGCCAGCGCCAAACCGAGGCCGAGGGAGUGCGGGUUGAUGCUCAAAAAGUGACUCUCGAGGACCAGAUCGUCAGGACGAACCCGGUGCUGGAGGCGUUCGGCAACGCAAAGACGGUUCGGAACAACAACUCGUCGCGCUUCGGGAAGUUCAUCCGGAUUCACUUCUCGCGGAGCGGGCGCGUCGCGUCGUGCGAUAUUGAGCAUUACUUGUUGGAGAAGUCGAGGGUGAUACGGCAAGCUCCGGGAGAGAGAUGCUACCACAUCUUCUACCAAAUCUUUUCCGGCUACAAGCCGAACCUGCCGAAAGAUUUACUGCUCGAUAAGCCCGUCUCGGAGUAUUGGUUCGUCGCCCAGGCCGAGUUGACCAUUGACGGCGUCGAUGACAAGGAGGAAUUUCAGAUGACCGACGAGUCCUUCGACAUCCUCAACUUUUCAGCUGAAGAAAAGAUGAACUGCUUCAAGGUCGUGGCGGCGAUGAUGCACAUGGGGAAUAUGCGAUUCAAGCAACGGCCACGGGAAGAACAGGCAGAACCGGAUGGGACUGAUGAAGCACAGAGGGCUGCUACGAUGUAUGGAGUCAAUAUGGAGCAGAUGCUGAAUGCGCUGUGCAAACCGAGGGUCAAGGUAGGCGCCGAGUGGGUGUCCAAGGGCCAAACAGUGGACCAAGUGCAAUGGUCAGUUGGUGCAAUGGCCAAAGGUCUCUACAAUCGUCUCUUCACCUGGAUUGUCCAUAUGUGCAAUAAGACUCUCGAUCAGAAGGGCAUCUCCAGGGAUUAUUUCAUUGGCGUGCUGGACAUUGCCGGCUUCGAAAUCUUCGAUUUCAACUCGUUCGAACAGCUGUGGAUCAACUUUGUCAACGAGAAGCUGCAGCAGUUCUUCAACCACCACAUGUUUGUCCUCGAACAGGAGGAGUAUCAACGUGAGGGCAUCGCAUGGACGUUCAUCGACUUUGGGCUCGACCUCCAGGCUUGCAUCGAACUGAUUGAGAAGCCGCUUGGCAUCAUCUCAAUGUUGGACGAGGAAUGCAUUGUGCCAAAGGCUACAGAUCAAACAUUGGCCCUCAAGCUGUGCGAUCAGCACCUCGGGAAACAUCCCAAUUUUGAGAAGCCGAAGCCGCCGAAGGGGAAACAGGCUGAAGCCCACUUUGCGAUGAAGCACUACGCGGGCACGGUGCGGUACAACGCGACGAACUGGCUGGAGAAGAACAAAGACCCGCUCAAUGACUCGUUCAUCGCCGUCCUCAAGGCGUCCAAGGGCAACGAGCUGAUGCACACGAUCUGGGCCGACUAUGUCACCCAGGAGGAGGCUGCGAGCAACAAAGAAGCUGGCGGCGGCAAGAAAAAGGGCAAAUCCGGGUCGUUCAUGACGGUGUCGAUGCUUUAUCGAGAGUCGCUGAACAACCUGAUGGCCAUGCUGAACAAGACGCAUCCGCAUUUCAUCCGUUGUAUAAUCCCCAAUGAAAAGAAGACAUCCGGCCUCAUCGAUGCCCCGUUGGUGCUCAACCAGCUGACUUGUAACGGUGUUUUGGAGGGAAUUCGAAUUUGCCGGAAGGGCUACCCCAAUCGUUGUCUCCACCCCGACUUCCGUCAACGCUACGGUAUCCUGGCCGCCAACGAGGCCAAGGCGUUCGACCAGCCAAAGAAGGCGGCCGAGGCGAUGAUGUCGAAACUAGUGGAAGAAGGUCAAGUCCAGGAAGAAGAGUUCCGCAUCGGCAAGACGAAGGUGUUCUUCAAGGCCGGGGUUCUGGCUCAUCUCGAAGAUAUCAGAGACGAAAAACUGUCGGCCGUCUUCACCAACUUCCAAGCCUCCAUCCGCUGGCAUUUGGGACUGGCCGACCGCAGACGACGCAUGACGCAACGCACCGGCUUGCUCGUAUUACAGCGGAAUAUCCGUACUUGGACCGUAGUGCGUACGUGGAGUUGGUAUCUUCUAUUCGGAAAGAUACGCCCACAACUCACCGCCGGAAAAGAGGGACAGGAAGUGGAGAAGCUGGCUGAGAGACUGAAGAAAGCUGAGGAACUGGUGGUUGUAGAAGAAGAGGCCAGGAAACAGACAGAAGUGGAACAUGCUAGAUUGGUUGAGGAGAAGAAUCGACUGUUUGCCGAGUUGGAGUCGUUGAAGGGAUCGGCCAGCGGAACCGAGGAAAAGCUGUCGAAGCUGCAAGCGCUGUGCCACGACUCGAAGAAGCAGCUAGCCGAGUUAGAGGACCAACUUGCGGAGCAAGAAGAAAGAAACGGAGAUGUGAGCCGAGCCAGGAAGAAGGUCGAGGCUGAUCUCGAGAAUCUGCGACGGCAGCUGGAUGAAGCGGCAGAGAGGCUUAGGGCUGUUGAGGAGGAGAAGACGGCUAAGGAGCAAGGAAUUCGAGCACUACAGGCUGAGAUGAGCAAUCAGGAUGAGCAGGUAGCGAAAAUCAACCGCGAAAAGAAACAACUCGAAGAAACGAAUCGACGCCUCACCGAAGAACUACAAUCCGAAGAAGACAAGCAAAACCUCAGUUCGCGCACUAAAGCCAAGAUUGAAAGAGCACUCGACGAUAUUGAAGAUGCAUUGGAGAGGGAGAAGAGAACAAGAGCAGAUAUUGAGAAACAGAGAAAGAAAGUGGAAGCCGAAUUGGGAAAUGUGGUUGAGAGGGUGGAUGAAGUGCACAGGAUGAGGAUUGAGCUGGAAGGAGCAUUGAAGCGGAAGGAGGCUGAACAUAUUGCUGUACAGGGGAAAUUGGAAGAAGAACAAGGGCUGGUGGGGAAACUGCAACGGCAAGUGAAGGAGGGGAUGGCGAAGAUUGGAGAAUUGGAGGAUGAGGUCGAGGCGGAGAGACAGGCCCGCGCCCGCGCCGAACGCGCAAAAGCCGAUAUACAGGCUGAUAUUGACACGGAGACAUCGGCCAGGAUGCAUAAUGAGAAGAUGGCGAAGCAGUUGGAGAUACAGAUGCACGAGCUCCAGACAAAGGCAGAUGAGCAGCAACGACAGCUAGCUGAACUGGCAUCGGUUAAGGCUCGCCUCGCCGGCUCCAACGUCGACCUCGGCAAACAGAUCGAAGACGCUGAGCAGCAACUAUCCCAAACGUCUCGUGCACGUGUGCAGCUACAAAGCCAGCUAGAGGAGGCGAGGAGGACGGCAGAUGAAGAGACGAGAGAGGGACAACAUUAUGCAGCACAGGCCAGGGGAUAUCAAUUGGAGGCUGAGCAGCUGAGGGAGCAAAUAGCUGAAGAAGCCGAGGGAAGAGAUGAACUAUUGAAGCAACUGUCGAAGGCCAAUGGAGAGAUACAGGGGUGGAAAGCGAAAUAUGAGGGAGAGGAGCUCGUUAAAGCCGAUGAACUCGACGACGUUCGCCGCCGGCAGCAGCAGAAACUGAACGAGCUGCAGGCGACGUACGAUCAGGCGAUGGCCAAGGUCACAUCACUGGAGAAAGCAAAGUCUCGGCUUGGAAAUGAGCUAGAAGAAGCACAGGGAGAUGUGGAGAGGGCACAGAAUUAUGUCAGCCAAUUGGAGAAGACACAAAAAGGGGCUGAUAGACAGAUUGAUGAAUGGAAGAGGAAGGUGGAGGGGAUGAAUGCCGAUCUGGACAUUGCACAGAGGGAGGCCAGAAACGCAGCUACGGACCUUCUAAAAGCCCGCGCAAGUCUGGAUGAGCUGACCGCACAGGCCGACGAGUUGAGACGCGAAAAUGGCGGAAUGGCAAUCGAAGUGCGAGAUCUGCAACAACAGCUAGCUGACGGCGGACGUUCCGUGCAAGAAAUGAAUCGUAUCGUGAGGACGCUCGAGUUGGAGAAGGAGGAAAUGCAGCAUGCCGUUGAUGAGGCUGAGGCUGCGCUUGAGGCCGAGGAGAGCAAGGUUCUCCGCGCCCAAGUCGAAGUCUCCCAAAUCCGCGCCGAAAUCGAGCGCCGACUUCACGAAAAAGACGACGAGUUCGAGAACACACGACGCAACCACCAACGCGCAAUGGAGAGUAUGCAACAAUCGCUAGAAACAGAGCAGAAGGCAAAGACCGAACUCGCCAGGCUCCGCAAAAAACUUGACGCUGACGUCGGGGAGUUGCAGCUGGCGCUUGAGCAGGCAUUGGCCGCCAAUGCGGAUGCGGCACGGAAUUUGGGGAAGCAUCAAGAGCAGCUGGUUGAGCUGCAACGACAGACUGAAGAUGAACAGCGGGCAAAGGAGGAUCUGCGCGAGCAGUAUUUCGCGGUGGAGAAGAAGGUGACACUGUUGCAGGCUGAGAAGGAGGAGCUGUCGGUUGCACAUGACGCCGCGCAGAGGGCGAGAAGGCAGGCCGACGCGGAAGCCCAGGACGCUAGACAACAAGCUGACGAACUGUCCGCACAGCUUGGCUCGCUGCAAAAUGCGAAGCGGAAGUUGGAGGGCGAGGUGCAGGCAUUGCAUGGGGAUUUGGACGAGACGAUCAGCGAGUACAGGACGGCUGAGGAGAAUGCAACUAGGGCACAGGCUGAUGCUCAAAGAAUGGCUGAACAACUACGGCAACAGGCGGAUCAUACAGCGGCCCUCGACCGCUCCAAAAAGGCGCUUGAGCAGCAACUGCGGGACCUACAAACCCGCCUUGACGAAGCAGAAGCAGCGGCUCUAAAGGGCGGCAAGAAGGUGAUCGCCCAGCUCGAGAAGCGCGCCCACGACCUGGAGCUCGAGUUCGAGACGGAGCAGCGGCGAUUCCAGAACGCGAACAAGGAGCUGACGCGCAACGAGCGCCGAGGAAAGGAGCUUCAGUUCCAAAUUGAGGAGGACCGGAAGGGGGCCGAGAGGCUGUCGAGCCUUGUCGACAAGCUCCAGGCAAAGAUCAAGCAUCAGAAAAGGGGCAUUGACGAAGCGGAAGAGCAAGCCAGCGCCUCGCUCUCGAAGUACCGCCAAGUGCAGUGCCAGCUCGAAGACGCCGAAGAAAGGGCCGAUUCGGCUGAGAACAACCUUUCGAGGAUGAGAUCCAAAAGCCGCGGCGCCUCUGUGUUGCAGGUAGGU